AUGGAGCUGGUCGAGCUGGCGUUGACGGGGCUGCUCGCGCACUGCCCCGCGGCCAGGUACGAGGUCCUGGAGGUGUUCAGCACCAUCAUGGUGCGCUCGCCGGAGAUCUGGGAGGGGUCGGCCUUCUUGAAUUCGCUGCUGGGCGGGAUGCAGUCGGGCGGGCACAGGGUCGACAUCGAGCAGUUCUUGAACAGAUUCGGCAGGGACUUUGCGGAGCCCCCCAUGAAGAGAGCAGAGAUCUACGCGGGGGAGGGGCCGCGCGAGCCGGACGAGGCCGACGAGCGGAUGCUCAGCCUCUGCAGGGUGGACGCGUUUCUGGACGGACAGAGUCUUCUGGUGCAGGACCCGAGCCACGAGACUGCCUGCAUGGCCUGUAUGCUCACGAACAGGGGGCUCUACAUCCUGGACCUGACGGUCGGAGACUACCCCAGGGCGCCGCACAUCGUGCUCUUCUACCCCUACUCGGACAUGACGCGGCUCGUCAGGGCCUUCGUGCCCUCGGCCCUGUACGUCGGCUGGGCGUGCAACCCCGCGGGCUCUGGGAAGCUCGAGGAGGAGUUCCUCACUCUCGUGUGCCACAACGAGGGCGACCGCCCGAGGAUGCUCGGCUCCCUGCACGCGUUGUCGCAGCCCCCCGGAGGCACGUACAAGCACCGGGUGCCCCUCCAGGCCGACAGCGCCAUGCGCGCUGCGAUGCAGAGGCUGCAGCUCGGCAGCACCACCCGCACCCUCGUGCUCAAGAGGGCCCGCUACGACCUGAGUCUGGUGCUUCUCGUGCUCACUGACCACGCGCUGCUUCUGUUCACGCCCGUCUUCGGCAACUGGCGGCCCCCGCCAGACGACGAGGCGCUGGAUGGGGACUACGACGAG